UUGAAUCAUCACCAGUUAAAAAAAGGUCAUGUCCUCAAAUAGCAUCAAUAUUUAAAGAAACAAAGAAAAGAUAUUUAGUCAGGUUAUCUUCAAGAGACAUACAAGAAUCUCAUUAUCAAAUGUUGCAAAAUUGUUUUAAUAAAGUGAUCGAAACAAACAGUGAUGAUUAUCAGAGUAUCCAGAGUAAUUUAAAUAUUAACAUUAAAGAUCGUAUUCAUAAAUAUAAUGUCGGCAACAUUUUUGGUUAUAUUGGAUAUUUACUUCCCAGCGUUGCAAAAGAAAUUGCUAAAUCAAGUGAUAUUCAUACUAUAAUGGAAGACAUUCCUUUUAAAGUAAUUGCUGAUUCUUGUAGUUACAACACUCAGAAAACAGAUGAUACCCUUCAAAAUUUAGAUCGUAUUGAUCAAUUCAACUAUCCAUUGGAUGGAAACUAUAACUAUCCCAAUAGCGCUGGGCAAGAUGUAAAUUGUUAUGUUCUUGACUCUCAAUUUAAUGGUCGAGCAAAAAUUGGUGGCGUUUUCUGCGGUGAUUGUACUGUAAUUAAUGAUGACGAUGUUGGUCAUGGAACACAUGUUGCAGGAAUUAUUGGUGGUGCAACUUUUGGAGUAGCAAAAAAAGUAAACUUGAUAUCCGUCCGAGUAGUUGACAAUAAUGGUCAAGGCACUAUAGGUGACGUUGUCAAAGGUUUAGAAUACGUAGUAGGCCAACAUAACCAAUCCAGUAAUAAAAAUACUAUAAUUAACAUGUCCCUUAGUUAUCCUCAAUUUGGAAAUCCUUUUUUUCAAACUCUUAAUGAUUACGUUGAUGAAGUAGUAGCGCAAAAUAUUCAUGUAGUUGUUGCUGCUGGAAAUACUGAUCAAAAUGCUCAAUUUAACAAUACUUUUGAUGAUGCUUGCCUAACUUCUCCAGGAGCUGCAAAAUCUGUCAUAACAGUUGGUACAGAAGUUCUUUCUGCUGGAAUUGAUUCUAGCAAUGGUGUUGCAACACAUAGUGGAACCAGUAUGGCUACUCCUCAUGGUUUGUAA